AUGGAGAAAUUCAGAGAACUUAUGCAAACGAAAUAUCAACAAGUAAAACUGGGUAAUUAUCAGGAACUAUGGAAGUGGUCUGUUGAAAAUCCCGAAACCUUCUGGUCUGAAGUUUGGGAUUAUACAGAUAUCAUUGCAUCUAACAAAGGUUCCCAUGUAUUGGAUCGCUCCGAAUUGAUGGACUCCAUUCCCGUUUGGUUUAAAGACUCUCGUCUUAAUUUUGCAGAGAACUUGCUAUGGGCUAAAAAAGAUUCUGAUAAAGUAGCCAUUAUAUCUACAGGAGAAGGUCACGGAAGACGUUCCAUCACAUACGGACAGCUUUACAAGGACGUUUUAAAAUUUGCUGAAGCUUUAAAAGCAUUGGGUGUUACAAAAGGUGAUCGUGUAGCUGCAUAUAUCCCCAAUUGUCCCGAAGCGAUCAUUGCCAUGUUAGCAACCACUAGUAUAGGUGCACUUUGGAGUUCCACUUCCCCCGAUUUCGGAACCACCGGUGUUCUCGAUCGUUUCACACAGAUUCAGCCUAAAGUACUGAUCUCUGUAAACUCUGUCAUCUACAAUGGCAAGACACUGAACCAUAUCCCUAAGCUUGAAACCGUUGUCCAAGGCCUUCCUUGUCUCAAAAAGGUAGUCGUCAUCCCUUUUGUUGAACCAUUGAAAGAAGAAAACUAUAGCAUUGCAAACUAUACCUCUUGGUCUGACUUUUUGCGCAGUGUUCCUGAAACCAAGUUACCUACUGAGAUUAAAUUUGAGCAAUUGCCUUUUAAUCAUCCUGCAUUCAUCAUGUUCAGUUCUGGAACUACGGGUUUACCAAAGUGUAUUGUGCAUUCUGGCGCCGGUCUUUUACUUCAAUUAAAGAAAGAACAUAUCCUUCAUGGUGAUUUAGGACCCGAUGACGUUCUCUUUUACUAUACUACCACUGGCUGGAUGAUGUGGAAUUGGCUUGUUGCUGGCUUAAGCGUUGGUGCUACCAUCGUCCUUUGGGAUGGUAGUCCUUUCAAGCCUGCACCUAUCUCUUUAUGGGAGUUGGUAGACGAAUUGAACAUCACUCACUUUGGUACAUCUGCCAAGUACAUUCAAUCUCUUCAAGAAGCUAAUGUUCAUCCUAAGAACCUUUGUAAAUUGGAUACUCUUAAAGCAGUGUAUUCCACCGGAUCUCCCUUAAAGCCAGAGAGUUUUGAUUUUGUUUAUCAACAUAUCAAGAAGGAUAUUAUGUUAGGAAGUAUUACUGGAGGUACCGAUAUCUGUUCUCUUUUUGCUGGUCAUAAUGCUGCUCUUCCUGUAUAUCGUGGUGAGAUUCAAUGUAUCUGUCUUGGUAUGAAUAUUCAGUCUUGGGCUGAUGCUAAUAAGCCAGUGUAUGCUGAGGCUGCCGACCUGGUGUGCGUUACACCUUUCCCUUGUAUGCCAGUUGAGAUGUUCGGUGAUGGACCUGAAAGAGCUAAAUAUAUGAGCGCUUACUUUGAUGUCUAUCCCAAUAUUUGGUACCAUGGGGAUUUCGUUUGGAUCAAUCCACAAACCGGAGGUGUUGUAAUGCUGGGAAGAUCUGAUGGUACCCUUAACCCUAAUGGUGUUCGAUUUGGCAGUGCCGAAAUUUACAACGUUGUUGACAAGUUGAAUGUUAUUAGUGGUAUUGAGGACACUCUAUGUGUCGGUCAAAAAAUCAAAAACGAGGACGAUGAACGUGUCAUCUUAUUUCUGAAGAUGAAGGAUAGAAACUCCAAAGUGUCUGAUGACUUGGUAAAAAAGAUUAAGACCACCAUUCGCAGUGAGUUAAGCCCCAGACACGUACCCGCAUUUGUGCUUGCAAUCGCCGAUAUACCUUAUACUAUUAAUGGAAAGAAAGUGGAGGUAGCUGUCAAGAAAAUUUUAUCCGGACAAAAAGUCACUGCUACUGGCACAUUAAGUAACCCUGAAAGUCUCGGUCUCUACUAUGACAUUCCUGAAUUAUCACAAUAA